GCUGCACUUGUUAUCCUUCUUGAUAAAAAAAACGCUCAUUUUUGGAAUCGUUACAUGGUAAAGAAGACUGUGACUCAUUGAAUUUAGAAGUUUUGGAGAGAUUUAUUCACAAAGAGUGUUUUCUUCAGAAGUUAGGUCUUCACCCAUCUUCGAAGGAAUACCCGCCAGUGAAGUUUAAUUUAAUCGUCAAUUUCUAAAUGUUUUAGAUUUUGCGAACCUUGAACAGCAACAGCAACAUCAGCAGCAGUAUCAACAACGACAACAACAACCCCAGACAAUUGCAUUGUUGUAUUUAGAAAGGACUUUAUAAGGAACUCAGCAACACCAACAUGUCUCUUUUUAGUCAAGUUGAUGAUAGCGUUUUCCACCAGGCAGCAUCUAACUUCGUCCACUCUGUGUCAAGCAGCGCGCUGUCAAACCUCAUCGCUUCUCCAAGUUUAUCCGAUGCAAGCAACUGUCGCCCAUACCAUAUUGUUAUAAAGAAAAACAAGAAGUAUUUCUGGAACCAUGUGAGUCUGUUCCCGAUGCCGUUUACGCUUUCCGAUAUCCUUGAUGAUGACGGGGCAGAGAGGUUCGAUGAGGUCGGCAGUACGGAGGCGGUCCUUGUAAACUUUGAAAGAUCACUGAGGAUCAAGGCAGGAGGUAAAGUCGAGGCUUCGUUGGCAAUGGAGAUAGCUGGUUUUGAGUUAGACGCUAACCGACGCAUCGUAGUCUCUGUAGACUUUGGCAAGAUUGUUGAGAAAUCCCUCGACAUACCUCAACUCGCCAACUCUGUCAUAGGAAGGAAGGUGAACCUGGAGAAGGAUUUCAUUAAAGAAGUCAUGUCGAAGAAACGCCAAACGCUUUGCCUGGUUGUGGCGACACUAAGCCCAGAGGCUGACUCCAAAAUCACGACUAAGGUUAAGACAAGUGGAUCAGCCGACGUUAAGACCGGCGUUAAGGUCCCGAUUGAACCUGCGGAAACGAUUGGGUUAGAGGCCUCAGCAAGAAGUAACAGAAAGCGUACCCUAGAGAUCCCGUCAAACACACCGCUAGCUUUCCGUAUGCUGGAGAUUCUGGUUCGCCCAGACCGGAGCAUCCAGCUCAUGCAUCUCCCAAAGAGUGAGGGCGGGUUCAAGAAUAUUAAAGAUGACAAAAAACCCAAACCAGACCUUCUACCAAACUUGGAAAUUGAUUCUGCAUCUGAACUCGACCUUCAGUCAACCCAUGAUGACAUCAGAAUCACAUCCUCCUUGGUGAUCAAGGAUGAAGAUGAUGAGAGAAUGGCAGAGGAGGAGGAGGAGAUGGAAGACACUACUACAUCCGUUGUCAAGGCAACGAAUACAGUCAUCGUCUGUCUAGUACGCCACCCUGAUGAGCAGAUGGUGGUGGAAGACCUUGAGGAGGAGAACGAGGACCUGGUUGAGAUGAAGGAGGACAGCCAAGCGGAGAAUAAGAGCAUGAAGGAGGAGGAGGAGGGAAAUGAGCUUGAGAAGAAUGAUCAACCUGAAGAUGGACUUGGAAAGGAAAACAAAAGUGAGGAAGAGGGGCACAAGACUGACGAGGAUGAACUGCAGGAGAAAGAAGAAAAGGAGAUCGUGGUAGAACCAGAGGAGGAGGAGGUAGAGAAGGAUGAAGAAGUGAAGGAGGUGGAGGAGGAGGAGGAGGAGGAGGAGGAGCUUGGAUCCCGUGUGAGCACUGAGGAUGGAGCUGAUUAUACCGGUGGAGACCGCCCGGAGUCAGUGACCAGCAGCUGCAGAGUGCAUGACUCAGUUGAGAGUGGAGAGGUGGUGGAGAAGGAGCCGGAAAAGGAGCAGGAGAGGGAGCAAGAAGAGAAGAAGGAGGAGAAGGAGAAGGAGCUGGAGAAGGAGCAGGAGAAGGAGCAAGAAGAGAAGAAGGAGGAUAAGGAUAAGGAGCAGGAGGAUAAGCAGGAAGAUGAGAAGGAGCUUGGAUCUAUUGUGGGAGAAGAUGGAUCUGAUUAUUCUGGUGGAGACCACCUAGAGACAGUGGCCAGCUGCAGAGUACAUGGCUCAGUGGAGAGUGUGGACAUCAUGAGCGACUCUUCGACUUCUCCAAUCAUGUUCAACGUCGCUUACGAGUCAGACUACGAGUCACAUACAUGCUCUGAUGACAGUGACAACGGCGACGAUUUCGAGCAGACACCGGAUAAAAGUGACGUCGCUGACGACGAUGAUGAUGGUUUUGAAGACAAGGAAGAUGAUGACCAGUUCGACAUCAGGGAGUGGAUCGCCGGUGUUGAGGCUGAGGAGGAGGAUGAAGUGAUCGAAGAAGGUGAAUGGAAGAUGGGCCUAUCGGCUGUUAGAGUAGCUCGAACGUAUAACGACCUGGUGGAUGAAAUCGAGUACGUUGUCGAGAAAGAGAAUUUGACCAAGGAUGAGAGUUUUCUCCGGUAUGCGAUCAGGACAUCGUGGAUGAGGAAGAUGGGAUGGGAUACGAGUCUCGUACCUGAAGUGGAUGAUGAGUAA